AUGGCCAAACAAAAAGUCACUACUAAGACCACCAAGAGGUUUAGGUACUCUUCAUUUAGAGCUAGAAUCGAUGAUUUGAGGAUCGAACCGGCUAGAAAUCUAACGAAGAGGGUCCACGACUAUGUCGAGACCUCCCAUUUUCUUGCUUCCUUCGAUCAUUGGAAGGAUAUUAACAUGAGUGCUGAUUUUACGUCCUUCUCCUUUGAAGUUCAAAAUAUUGUUCAAACCCUACCUCAGAUCCUUUACCAUGCCGAUACCAUAUUUAAUGCAUUACUAGAACACAUUGAUAAACAGGAUAAUAAAUCAUUACAACCAUUGUUAGAUCUGCUGGCUCAAUUUUGUCAUGAUUUAGGUCCCGAUUUCACCAAAUAUUAUGAGAGAGCAGUAACAUCAUUAAUCAAACUUCUUGAUGAAGCAAUUAAAUUUGAAUCUCCAGAUGUCUUUGAAUGGGGGUUUAACUGUUUGGCUUACAUCUUCAAGUAUCUUUCAAGAGUCUUGACCGAUGAUUUGAUUCCAACUUUCGAUAUGCUAUUACCUCUGUUAUCCAAUCCAAAGGAGUAUUUAUCAAGAUUCUCUGCAGAAGCAUUGUCAUUUUUGAUAAGAAAAUCGAAUGCCAAAAAACUUUUAAUAUUAACAUCUCAUUUCUUUGAUAAACUGAAUGCAGAUGAUGAAAACUCUAAUUUAUAUGACGGGUUGUUAACUCUAUUCACCGAGGCUAUUAUUUCAACUCCAGGAUCUUUACAUUCAAAAUCAAGCGCUAUUAUAAAUGUUCUUUUUGAACAAGCCUUCACCAGGCCAAAUGUGGAAUCAUGCACCACCUUGAUUUGUGACGUUUGGAUGAACAUAUCUAAACAUGCUGAAAUGGAAGCGUUGACCCCCGUGACUUCAACCGUCGUAGAAUGUCUAACAAAAUUUUCAAAUCAACAAAAUGGAAGUCAUAUAAUAAAAAUAGUUUCUACCAUGGUUUAUGCUGAGAGUGGUAGGAAAAUCGAUGAUUGGUCCAUGAUAACAAAACUGAUAGAUAAUGUGACCCAAAACACCGAAAAAGGUUCAUUGCAUGCUGAUAAUAUUUCAUUUUUAUUUGCUGUUUUAUUACGUAACGCAGAUGUCAGAUGCCUAACUCAAUAUCACAAAACCAUCUUUGAAACUAUCCACAAGGAUUAUCCUUCGCAUUUUUUGCAGUUCUUUUCAUUUUGUCAAGACCUUACCUUGGAUAGACUAACUUCAUUUAAUGGCCCAAAAUAUCUCAAUAAAUACAUUGAAGAAAACUGGAAAAAUGAUCAAGAAGGAAUUUCGCUAUAUCUAUUACAGCUACAUAAAAAUGACAGACUAUCAUCUAAGAUCAUCAUCAAAAUUCCAAUUGAAUUCGCCAAUAAUAUAUCAGAAUCUCUAAAGAAAUAUUGUAGUGGUGUACUGACCACAGAUGAUUUAUAUGAAAUAUAUUGGAGAUGCAUUGUACUGAAGUACAGUGAAACGGUACCAAACAGUGUACUCUUAGAAUUAAUUAAGAUCUUACUAAAUUCAACGACCUUUUCAAGUAAUAAAUUUAACAAAGACAUUAUUGGUUGUCUUAUUGAAAUUCUUUCAGAUACAGAAUGUGAAGAAUUGACAAUCUUAUUUCCUACGUUAAUUUCAGAAAUAUCCCAAAAUAUGGACAGCAUUUUUUACAUUAGAGGAUUAAAUCAUCUGCUUAAGAUCAUGAAAAAUGAUGAUAAAUUAUUGACCAUACUAUUUGAAAACCAAGAUACGUUUGUUCGUCUAGGUGAUAAUUUAUCCGUUCCUAACCCUCAACUAAGAUCUGAAACCAUUACCCUUUUAAUGACUGCCUUUGAAUUUCAGAAUAUAGAAAUUCCACGUUACCUACAAGAAAUAAAACUUUUGGAGGAUAUCCCACUAACUUUGCAAAACGCUAGAGAUAUCACUACGAGAAUAAGAAAUGCGGGAAAGGAGUUUUCGAAGUCUCAAGCUGGCGAUAUAAUGGGUAACUUUUUCAUCAAAUAUAUGUUUGGUUUACUCACUAUCAGAUUCUCCCCUAUUUGGGAUGGUGUGUAUGAAAUAAUCCCCGAUAUUUAUAACAAAGAUGCGGAUCUCAUUUGGAAAUUUAUCUAUACAUUCUUGAAUAUUACACAAAAACCAGAUGAAUCAACAGACAUCGAAGAAACUCUACAAGAUGACGAAAUGAGCCUAUUAUGGACUUCUCAUGUAACAAGAUUAGAGUCUGCUCUUCACUUGUUUAGUACUGCAUGGAAAAAAUAUACUUUUAACAGGGAUACAAUAAUUUCUGUUACCAAAGAAAAUAGAGGCCCAAAUGAAUAUCCACCUCAAAUUAGAAUGCAAGUGUUAACUCUAUUAUCCAAGAUCCCGAUGUUGGCAGAAAGAAAUUCUAAGGAUUUUGUCCCAUUUUUGUUCAAUGAUAUGGAAUCAAGAGAUUUAUUCGAAGAAAACGAGGCGAUACUUACCUCAACAUCAACAUGGUACGAGACUGAUAAAAACUUAUUACUAAAAAUUUUAAGUGAUUUCAAGAAUAUUAAAAAUAUUUUCAAGUCUGCCGAGGUCUUUGACAAAUUAAUGAGAUUAUUAGGUAGUAGAACUGUAGAUGUUCAAAAGCUUGCGCUAAACGCAUUAUUUUGUUUUAAGAGUCCUACCAUUGUCAAGUAUAGAGACAAUCUAAAUAGUCUUUUGGAUGAUACUCUUUUUAAAGAUGAGGUUACGAAGUUUCUUUCUGAUAACGAUACAAAAGUUAUUAGUUUCAGUGAAGAAGAUGAAAUUAUGCCAUAUAUAUUGAGGAUACUUUAUGGUCGUGCGCAAACUCCACCAACAAGUGGUAUCAAGAAGAGUAGAAAAGUUGCUGUACUUUCAGUCCUACCAAAUUUAAGAGAAGAGUUUAUUAUUAAUUUUUUCCAACUUGGAAGUCAUGGUUUUGCAUAUGAUUAUUUCUUUGACAACAACUACCAAAUUGAACAAUCCGAAGUAACUACUUCGAAUUUAAGAAGGAUGACUGGUUUUAUAAAUAUCAUCAAUAUGUCUUUAGUAUAUCUCGGUUCAAAUUUCCCACAGGCUAUAGGCACCAUUAUCAAACCAUUACUUUACACCAUUGCUAUGUCAUACACAUCUGCAAUUGAAAGUGAUAAUACAGAAUUCGAAACGAAGUUAACCACUAAUUUGAGACAGCAAUCGCUAAAAUGUUUAAACACUAUUUUCCAAACAUUAGAAGAGAAGUACGAUUGGUCUGUCACCAUUCCAGAGAUUUACGAAAUAGUUCUGAAACCAAGAUUGGCCUUGUUUGCAACAGAAAAUUUGCAACAGCCAUCUUCUUUACUAAAGGUAAUAAUUUUCUGGACAAAAAGCCCAUCUUACUAUAAAUUUUUGUAUUAUGAUAACUUUGCAGUUGCCAGAGUAUUAAUGGAAACGUUAACUAAUGAACACGCCAAAGAAUCCGUGGUUAAUAUUAUUCUUGAUGGUUCUAAUGAAAUCAUUUCAAAACAAUCGAGGGAUGAUGAAUACAUAGAUCUUGUGUCAAUAGUCGCAAGUUCCUGUUUGCAGAUCCUACCUCAAUUAUAUGAUCGUAUGAUUAAUGUUGAAACGAUGUCAAAGGCUGUCGAGUUACUAUUAAAUAUGACAGAAGCAGGUUAUGUCCAAAGCAACGAGACAAGAAAGUAUCUCCUAGAUGCGUUGCAGUUGAUCAUCGAGAAGAAUUUCAAAAAGCUAAAGAGCAAAGAUACGAUUAAGUUGCUAAAGGUUAUCUCUGUUCUAGUUUCGGAAUAUGAAUGUCCGUGGGAGGAUGUAGAGCGUCUUUAUAAGGAUCUCUCUGGGUUGUUUACAGUGUUCACCGAAAAGGACCAGAGGAUCGAGUUGAGUAACAUAUUUUCAAAAAUUGGUGGGCGCUUUGGUGAAUUUGAGCCUGUUGCUACUUUAGUAUCCGAUUUCAAUUCUUAUUCUUCAAGAAGAAUGAACGAAUAUGAUUUUCCAAGAAUCCUAUCAGCUUUCAAGCGCUUCACCGAAACUCAAUAUAAACUCUUCUCUGAUCUUCAAUGGCUACCAAUCCUUUACAACUGUCUAUAUUUUAUCAAUGACAAAGAUGAACUAGCACUAAGGACAAAUGCGUCCCAUUGUCUGAAGUUAUAUGCUGAUCAUUUGAAUGAGGAAUACAAAAUAAAUGAAAAGGUAGAGAAUAUAUCAACCUUCAAAGACACUAUUCUUCCUGCACUUUGUGAUGGUCUAAGAAGAUAUACAGAAGAUGUCCAUAAUGAAUAUAUUUCCAUCGUAUCAUACUACGUAGAAACGGUUACGUUCUACAAAGGACUUGAUGACAUGAAGGUAUUGUUAUUCAAGGGUGAUGAAGAAGCAAAUUUCUUUACAAAUAUUACACAUAUUCAAUUACACCGUCGCCAAAGGGCAGUUAAAAGACUAAGGGAAUAUUCUUCAAGUUUGUCGGACAACAGUGUUUCACAUUACUUAAUUCCAAUAAUCGAACAUUAUGUGUUUAGCGAAGAGGAUAAGUACAGAAAUAUUGGUAACGAGGCCCUUCUAACUAUCGGGAUACUUUCUGGGAAGAUGAGCUGGAAACAAUACAGAGCACUUUUGCGUAGAUAUAUCUCAUUUGUUAAAGCCAAUUCAGAUAAACUAAAACAAAGUGUAUUAUUAAUCAAUGAAAUCUCUAAAGCCAUGAAGAAUACACUUCUAUCUCUGAAAGAACCAGAUAACACAUCAUUUGGUGCAUUUUCUAAAAUUCCAAAGAGCAGUGAAGAGUUAAUUUCUUUCGUUAAGGACGAUUUAUAUCCAACACUUACAAAGAUUCUGGCUAUUAGAGAUGAGGAAACAAUAAUUGCAAGAAUUCCUUUAUCCGAGGCAUUGGUGAAUUUCAUAUUAGGUUUAGAGCAUGAUGAUAUUGUUAACUUAUUGCCUGGUAUCUUAACAAAGAUUUGCCAGAUUUUAAGAAGUAAGGCUAGUGAGCUACGUGAUGCUGUGAGAUCCAACUUGGCCAAGAUUACAAAUAACGUAGGAGCAAAGUACCUAUUCUUUAUUAUCAAGGAAUUGAAAUCCGCAUUACAGAGAGGUUCUCAAGUUCAUGUGCUAGGGUAUACUGUACAUCAUAUUAUCAGAUCUUUAUACGAUCACCUGGAUCCUGGAGAUCUUGAUGAUUCAGCUUCACUAACUGUUGCAGUUAUUAUGGAAGAUAUAUUUGGUUCUACUGGUAAAGAGAAAGAAUCUGACAACUACCACACUAAAAUGAUCGAAGUUAAGGUUAAUCACAGUUACGACACUGGUGAAGUGUUAGCUUCUAAUAUAAGUCUAAGCGCUUUUGAUGAGAUACUUACCCCUGUUAAGGCAUUAUUGACUGAGCACAUUAAUUUAAAAACUCAAAAGAAACUUGAAGAAUUAUUGAGAAGGUAUGCUUUAGGUAUUAACCAUAAUAAAGCAUGCCAAACUCAGAAAAUAUUGUCACUAUGCUAUGAAAUAUUUGAACAAUCAAAGGAUGAUAAGCCUAACAAUCGCAAAAAUAAAAAUAAUAAAGUUGUUAGCGAGAAAGAAGAAUUCUUCCUGGUGAAUCUAAAUGCAAAAAACACAAUGGUUCACAAAGAAGAUUCUCUGUAUACUGAUGUGAUGCAAAAGUUUUCGUUGGACUUGUUACGUACGGUACUAUCAAGAAAUAAAGUGCUCCUAAAUGUCCAGUAUCUAGCUGGCUUUGUCCCACUAUUGAGCGAAGCACUAAAAUCUGAAAAUGAAGAUGUUUUAACAAGCGCUUUACGUGUAUUGGUGAUCCUAAUAAAGUUGGACUUUACCGAAGAAUCUGAAGCUCUUUUCAAAAAUUGCGCACGUAAAGUAUUGAAUCUGAUCAAGGAUUCACCAUCUACAUCGAAUGAUCUAUGUCAGAUGGGUCUUAAAUUCUUAUCCUCAUUUAUUCGUCACAAAGAUAUUAAGUUAAAAGAUACAGCUUUAAGUUACGUUUUAAUGAGAGUCUUACCCGAUCUAAAUGAGCCAAGCAAACAAGGUCUAGCCUUCAAUUUUUUGAAGGCAUUAGUUUCCAAACAUAUAAUGCUUCCUGAGCUUUAUGACAUUAUUGGUUCAGUUCGUGAGAUUAUGAUUACAAAUCAUUCUAGAGAUAUCAGGAAUGUCGCAAGAACAGUUUACUACCAAUUUUUGAUGGAAUACGAUCAAAGUAAAGGUAGAUUAGAAAAACAAUUUAAAUUUAUGGUGGAUAAUCUGCAGUACCCAUCGCCAGAUGGUAGACAGUCAGUUAUGGAAUUGAUCAACCUUAUUAUUACAAAGUCAUCACCAGAAUUACUUUCAAAGUUAUCAUCUUCCUUUUUCAUUUCAUUAGCUAAUGUAUCAUUUAACGACGAUAAUGGUAAAUGUCGUGAAAUGUCCGCAGUCCUUUUAUCCCGUAUGUUUUUAGUCUUAGAUGAUAAGAACAUGGUAGAUGUCGACAAAUAUAUUGGAACAUGGCUAAAGCAGUCCGAUAAUGCGACGUUCCUAAACUUGGGUAUGAGAAUCUACAAGAUAUAUGUAUCCAGCUUAGGUAUAGGUAAGAAUGCUGACUUAGAACAAUUGGCCAGAAGUAGAAUACAAACUGUUCUCAACAAUACACAUGUUGGUUCGGACACCAACUGGGACCUUAUUUAUUCUGCUCUUAACUUGUACGCUACAUUCAUAGAAAAAGUCCCUGAAGAAGAAUUUUCGAAAGCAACAAAAAACCUAUGGAAUGAUAUUGUAUCAUGCCUAUUAUAUCCCCAUACAUGGGUACGUCAAGCCUCAGGGCGUCUCGUUUAUGAGUUAAUGAAUCAUCUAGAUAUUAUGAACGAAAAGUUUAGCGCAGAAGAUAUUCAGAAUAUUGCUUCAAGAGUGUUACAUCAACUUGCGGCUCCAUCUAUUUCUGAAGGACUAUCGUCGAUUGCUGUUAAGACCUUGAUUAAAAUAACGAUGAUAUGGAAUGAGAACAACACUCCUUACUACAAAAAGGAGGAUGUUGAUGAAGAACAGAAUAAUCAAAGUACUUACUUGAAUGCGAUUGAUUAUAUGAUUGUGAGAGUUUCAAAGAUCAUCAGAAGUGAACAUAAUCCAGCAGAUUCAUUUAUGUCUAAAAAGGCAGCUAUUCAAUUUUUUGCAUUGGUAGUCCAAAUAUUAUCAGCGGAGCAAGUUACUCAAGAGGCUGAAAAGAUUAUUCUAGCUCUUUAUACACAUUUGGAAUCAGAUAGAGGAAGAUUAUCUGAAGAACAAGAAGAAUUAUCUAACCUUUCUCAAGAAUGUUUACAAAUGGUUGAGUCUAAAAUAUCCGUUUCUGCAUUCACAGAAGCCUAUACCAAUGUGAAACAAGUAGUUAUUAGAAGAAGAGAAGAAAGAAGAGCAAAGAGAUCCAUCAUGACCAUCAAUGAACCUGAGCUAGCGGCACAAAAGAAAUUAAGAAAGCAUGCCAGAUCUAGAGAAAAGAGAAAGCAUGAAAAGGAUGAUAAUGGGUUCUAUCAAAGAAAGAAUAAAAGAAAGAGAACCUGA